CGAAAUGGAGCGAUGUGAAAGCCAACGAAGAAGGAGACGAAGGAAAAAAGUUACAUUUUGUCAGCCCGGCACGCAGGAAAUCUGUUCUGGCCCCCAUUCUAAAUAAAAUCAAAAAUGGCAAUGAUGCCAAUGGCAGCGGUGGCGGCGGCAGUGAUGGUGGUGGCAGUGCAACUGGCGGCAAUGGCUCAGAUACCGAAAAGAAAUCCAAUGCCACCGAUAGUACGGGUCAUAUUAGUGUACAAAUAGAACCGGCUAAAAAGGUCAAGCGCCACAGCAUUCACGGCAUGAUGGAGGAGGAGAACAUCAUACGACCUCAUCAGGAAAUACGCCAAUUGACAUUGGAGGAGAAGAAAUUUUUAUUGGCCGUGGAACGAGGUGAUAUGGCUGGCACCCGAAGAAUGUUACAAAAGUCCCAAGACACCGAUUACAUUAACAUAAACUGUGUGGAUCCAUUGGGACGGACAGCCCUGCUAAUGGCCAUUGAUAAUGAAAAUCUUGAGAUGGUAGAGCUGCUGAUAAGCUACAAUGUCGAUACUAAAGAUGCUUUAUUACAUUCCAUAUCUGAAGAAUUUGUGGAGGCGGUAGAGGUACUGCUGGAUCAUGAGCAUGUCACAUUUACAAUAGAAGGGAAUCAUAGUUGGGAAUCAUCACCCGAGGAAACGUCCACCUUUACACCGGACAUAACACCACUGAUCUUGGCGGCACAUCGUGACAAUUAUGAGAUCAUUAAAAUUCUAUUAGAUCGUGGUGCUGUACUGCCAAUGCCUCAUGAUGUGCGCUGCGGCUGUGAUGAAUGUGUUCAAUCCCGCCAGGAGGAUUCCUUGCGCCACUCACGCUCCCGCAUAAAUGCCUAUCGUGCUCUGGCCAGCCCUAGUUUAAUUGCCUUGUCCUCAAAGGAUCCUAUUUUAACUGCAUUUGAGCUAUCGUGGGAAUUGAGAAGAUUGAGUUUUUUAGAACAUGAAUUUAAGAAUGAAUAUCAGGAAUUACGCAAACAAUGCCAGGAUUUUGCCACCGCUUUAUUAGAUCACACCCGCACCUCUCAUGAAUUGGAAAUUUUACUAAAUCACGAUCCUACCGGUCCAGUUUAUGAGCAUGGCGAACGGAUGCAUUUAAAUCGUUUAAAAUUAGCCAUUAAAUUAAGACAAAAGAAGUUUGUUGCCCAUUCGAAUGUCCAACAGCUUCUGGCGAGCAUAUGGUACGAAGGAUUACCAGGAUUUCGCCGCAAAAAUAUGGCUUUACAAGCUUUAGAUAUUAUUAGAAUAGGUAUGAUGUUUCCCAUAUUUUCAUUGGCCUAUAUAUUGGCGCCCUAUUCCAGCGUUGGCCAAACAAUGCGUAAACCUUUUAUAAAAUUUAUCUGUCACAGUGCCUCAUAUUUUACGUUUUUAUUUUUAUUAAUGCUGGCUUCGCAGCGUAUUGAAACCUUUAUCGGCGGCUGGUUCUGGUCGGAUAGUAAAAAUAGUAUGGUCCAUCAGGUGGAAGAACUGCCCACGAAGAGGGGAGCUAAACCCACCUUUAUUGAGUGGCUGAUAUUGGCAUGGGUUAGUGGUCUCAUCUGGAGCGAAGUGAAACAGCUGUGGGACGUGGGUCUGCAAGAAUAUCUCAAUGACAUGUGGAAUGUCAUUGACUUCGUAACGAAUUCCCUCUAUGUGGCCACUGUCGCUUUGAGAGUGGUUUCCUUUUUUCAAGUACAAAAAGAAAUGAUCACGAAUCCGCAUGCCACCGAUCUACCGCGUGAGCGUUGGGAUGCCUGGGAUCCAAUGCUCAUAUCGGAAGGUCUAUUUAGUGCGGCGAACAUUUUCAGUAGCCUCAAAUUGGUUUAUAUAUUUUCGGUUAAUCCACAUUUGGGUCCACUGCAAGUGUCAUUGUCCCGCAUGGUCAUGGAUAUUAUGAAGUUCUUCUUUUUGUAUGUCUUGGUAUUGUUUGCGUUUGGGAGUGGUCUGAAUCAGUUGCUGUGGUACUAUGCCGACUUGGAGAAGAAAAGAUGCCCGGAGGUCUCACCCACAAAUGUUCUGCUCAAUAUGAAUGGUACCACCGAUCCGAAUGCCUGCAUUGUGUGGCGUCGAUUUUCCAACCUCUUCGAGACAACCCAAACCCUAUUUUGGGCAGUCUUCGGCCUUAUCGAUUUGGACAGCUUCGAAUUGGAUGGCAUUAAAAUCUUUACCCGUUUUUGGGGUAUGCUGAUGUUUGGUACCUAUUCGGUAAUAAAUAUUGUGGUACUGCUGAAUUUGCUAAUAGCCAUGAUGAAUCAUUCGUAUCAGCUGAUAUCGGAACGUGCCGAUGUUGAGUGGAAGUUUGCUCGAUCCAAGCUGUGGAUAAGUUAUUUUGAGGAGGGUGGCACCUGUCCACCGCCGUUUAAUAUUAUACCAACACCCAAGUCAAUAUGGUAUGCCUUCAAGUGGGGCAGAAGGGUGUUCUGUAGUGGUUCGUCGGCAGCAAGACGGGAGCAUUUGAAGACAAUAAGGCGCAAAGCCCAACAGGCCAACGACCGGGACUUCAAAUACCAACAAAUCAUGCGUAACCUGGUGAGACGUUAUGUCACCGUGGAACAACGUAAGGCUGAAUCCCAAGGUGUCACAGAAGAUGAUGUCAAUGAGAUUAAGCAGGACAUUUCGGCAUUCCGCUGCGAAUUGGUGGAAAUACUGAAAAAUAGCGGCAUGGAUACAAAUGUGUCGGCAGGACAGGGUGGAGGAGGUGGUAAAAAGAAUCGCCAAAAGGAGCGUCGCCUCAUGAAAGGUUUCAAUAUUGCCCCACCGGGGUCCACCGGCUCUUUGGCACCCGUUGCUGAAUUUUCAACCUCGUUGGAUAAUUUCGAACAGCAACAUGACAUCCUAUCCUCUACCCUUUCGAAUUUGUUUACACCCAAUUUCAUGCAAAAGAAGGCUACCUUCUGUGCCAGUGAUAGUUUCAACAGUAUGGAGUCCCCACCCCCAUCGCUGAUAUCCACUGUGAACACCGUGCAGUCGGCCAAUAAAUAUAACAAAUCUACCCUGAAACCCUACAAUAAACGUAUUGCGGGUCACAAAAAGAAAUGGGGUACCCUAAUCGAAGCAGCCAAGGUGGGUAAUGUUUCGAAAAUGUUGGGUCGUUCCAAAUCGGAGGACUCUGUGUGCAAUUCUUCGACAACAUCUUCGCCUGUGCAUGGCCAGGUGCGGGUGACCUACUCGCAGAAUGGCCAAAGUUAUUACAGCAGUAAUUCGAAUGACUCGACAACGGCAACACCGAACUAUCCCACACCAAUGGCGGCGGGACUGCCCACCAUACGCAAAGACCACUUGAAACCUUUAAAUGUUAAUGGACCCACAUUGGGUGGCUUGACAGCGGCCUUGAAUGGAUCGGGAAAUUCCAGUGGUUCGCAUUUCUUUCACACACCAACGGGUCUUACCGCUAUUGCCGCUUUAAAAAAGAAACGCAAGAAAUUCUCAUCGAGUAAAAAUAUUUGCCCCGUUACCGAAUCCAUAUCGACUUCGAAUGCUGCGGAUCUAUUAAACGAUAAGGCAUUAAAACGUGUCUCCAGCUAUCCGGCCUCCGAUGGAACUGCUCAAAACAAAGAUGCCGCAAAUGUAGCGAAACCGAGACGCCAUGAACAGACCCAAAGUCAACAUGACUCAGUGGAAACUUCAACGGAAUUUACGCUGGCCAGUGAAAAACAACAUUUGGAUCCGUCGAAUACAUCCGUAAAUUCGCGCGAACCAUUAAUCAGUGGCAGUAGUGGUGCUUCAACGGGUGUGAUCCAUUAA